AUGCCUGCGCCAGGCGACCAAUACAACGGCGGCAACGUCAAGAACCCCUUCGAAGAACGCGUCGUAAACGGCUUCACAGCAAAAGAAAUCGCGACAUUACAGAGCCGACUGAACAAACAACUCGGCCCGGAAUACAUAUCGCAACGACCGGGUAAUGGCGGCGGUAAGGUGGCGUACCUGGAGGGGAACAAGGCGAUAGCACUUGCGAAUGAAGUGUUUGGUUUCAAUGGCUGGUCAAGCUCGCUGGGACAGGUGCAGAUCGACUACGUCGACGAGCAUCAAAACGGCAAGGUCAGCUUGGGUCUCUCAAUAGUAGUGAGGAUCACGCUGAAGGAUGGCACAUAUCACGAGGACAUCGGCUACGGCUCGAUAGAGAACGGCAAAGGCAAAGCAGCAUCAUUCGAAAAGGCCAAGAAAGAGGCGGCAACAGAUGGUUUGAAGCGCUCAUUACGCACGUUCGGCAACGUCCUCGGCAACUGCUUAUACGACAAAGAGUAUCUCAAGAAGGUCCAGGUUAUGAAGGUCAAACCGAUCAAGUUCCAGGAGGACAACCUCUACCGACAUAAUGAUUUCAAACCGCCACCCCAACCUGAGGAGCAAUCUGUGGUCAAGCAGGAGCCGCACAAGACACCGGUCCGACCUAAUCAAGUCCUUCGCACGCGUACAGAUCACUUGAACAACGAGUCGUUCGGCGCUGACUUUGACGACGACGCGGACGAGAACUUGUUCGAUGGAGUUGAUGUCUCAGAGGGCCACGGUGACGAGUUCUCAUUGUCAGAGACAUUGUCCGCUCCCGAGACGGCAGCACCGCGCGGUAUCCAGCCAGCGAAACCAAAUGGUGUAUCGUCUGGUCGCACCUCACCCGUCCGCAACACGGGACCCCCUCGCCAGCCCAACGGUAGACCUCCACAAGCCGGACGUGACCAACCUGGCGUGCAACAACAGCAACCAAACCAGGCACCCGGUAGACCUGCCCCUCACAUGCAAAACGGAAGACAGCCACAAACUCCUGUUCAACAGCAGCCUCGACCGGUACAGAAUGGCGGUCGCAUGGCCCCACCAGCAAUAGACAACGGUGCUGCCUCGAGACCCGUAGGACAGCAGCCCCAGAACCAACAAGCUGCUCCUAACAACCAACCUCUCCGACCAACCCCACCUCAAGCACAACAACCACCGAACCAAGCACGACCAGUACCACAAGCCCAAGAAACGACCGCACCCGCUCAAAACGCACCUCCACCCAACCACCGACCACCCGUAGGUUUCGUAACCUCCCGCGCCGCCGAGCUCCUUCAAGCCUCAGACUCCGCCUCCCUGACCAACCUCCCAUCCUUCAACCCCAAUGCCGACUCGCCCAUACCGAAAGACAAACGCACUCCUGGCGUCGACCACGCACGAAGCAUCCCCAUCAAACGUGACGCUGUCGGCGCACCGCCCGCCCCUCAACCACCACCCCAACGACCCGGCGUCACAUCAAACGGCUCCUUCAACCGCCCUAACGUUGUAAACCCACACAUGCAACCUGAUCGCCGCAUCGGCAUGCCAGGCGCGCCCAACUACGCCAUGAGUCCUAGUGCGAAUCGUGGCCAGUACAAGCCGCCUACAUUCAACGGUGCGGGGCCUGGUAAUGGCAAUUCUGCUGCUGCUGGUCCCGGGGGUGUCAAGAGAGAAAGAGCCGCGUUGCAGGAUGUUAGCAACGUGGGAGUUAAUGGGAAUGGGGGUGUGGGGAGUGAAGGGCCGGAUCCUAAGAAGCAGAGGGUUGAUGCGCCGGCUGGUGUUGAGAAUAACGGUGUUGCUAGUACGUGA